AUAAUCAUCACAAGUAUAACCAAGUUGGAUUAAGUAUAAUUCAAACAAAAAUGGCUAGCCGAUCAUGUUUGUAUGUUGUUCUUCUACUUCUAGCAUUUCAAUCCACCGUGAUUAAGGCUACUGUUCCUGUUGUUCCACCUCAGUGCCGACCCGUACCGGCUGGCACCUUAGCACGGAUUGAAUUCCUUGCUAACCUUGUCAUAGGAGUAGCAGAAUUUUUUCUGCGUUCUUCGAAUGGUACUGGAAUCGAGGAUAUAGCACCAGGUCUGGUUCAAGGUCCCGUUCCCAUCGGAGCCACCCUUGCCACUCUCGAUAACGCUACCCGUGCCGCUGUUCGGCAAUUUGGCUUAGCUCUGGUCGGGAAUCUCAGGGCGAUUGUGAAUGUUACAUCGCUCCGUGCUCCGCUCCCAAGGCCACAGUUGAAUUUUACCGCUGGAGUUUUUGCCAAUAUUCUUAAUCUCUCUGCUUUGACUCCUCCAUUCAAUGUUUACGGAGGCCAAACCCAAUUUUUUCUGGUCGCCGAACCCCUUACUUCUUCUCUUAUACAAUACUAUUUGGCUCAAGUUAUCCCUUCGAUUGCCGGCAUUCCUCAACAGCAGCUGGUAACUGGAAUCGGACUCAAUGCCGCAGCACAACAUGGGUAUUUCCGAACACGACUCAACGCCAUAGUCAAUAUAACGGUGCCACCUUAUACGAUAACAGUAGCUAGUUUCACCAACACUACUGCAACAGCAGUUAACCUACUGGGAUUGUGCGGUGUGAAAAACGAAGGUUUGAUUGUGCCACUACCACUCGGAGCCGAGAACCGAACUACCACCAACGUCAUACCGGGUGAUGUCAAUUCCCUAUCACCCCGACGUACUGAGAGGGAGACGUUGAGGAUCUUACAUGGAACUGGCAACGCCACCAGGCCCGGUGGAAUUUUCCCAAGUGGUCCCAAUGGGACACUUUAUCGACUAGUAAUUGUUCCCUUACGACUAUCCUAAGAGCUUUGGAGCAUUAGCCAUCACAACAACAUCCCAUGAAAGCUAGCUUAGAGUUUGGAAAUAAGACCAUGCAUGGUAUAAAAAAAACCAUGCACUAGAUAGAAAGAUAUAUGCUAGUUCGAACUUCGAACAAUAUUCAAUAACACAGCUUUGGGAUUAUGUUGUAAGCCUUCCUCCUAUGGUGGUUGAGCAAGAAUUAUGAUAUUAAUAUGCAAUAUUAUAAGUUAUUAAAAAGAAUUAAUCUAUUAAUAUUUUUAAUCGAA